AUGAGGCAGAGUGUGUGAUUGGUCAAAAAAUACAGACCUUUCAGCAGAGAGUGGAAGUGAUUGACCCAGUAUCACAACCUGAAGUCACCUGUGAAUUGAACGGUACCAUGGCAACAAUUCACUGCAGUGCUGAGGGUCCACUGUUGGAAUACCGCUGGUCUUGGCCUGACCACCAGGGGGAGAUGUGGAGCCAGGAGCAGAAUGGACAGCACUACAACAUCAAAUCCCCAGAGUCAGUCAGCUACACCUGUGAGGCCAGGAACCCAGUCAGUGAGAAGACACUGACCUACAGCAGCAAUGACUGUCUGGCUACAGGUGUCUUGUUGGUUGCUGUUGUGGUUGCUGUUGUGGUCUGGCUCGUCAAGAAGCGUUCCAAAGAUUUGCGGAGCACAGGGAAUGCCAGCCAUCUUGAAGAGGGUCGAGAGAAGACGGUGGAAAUCAGCCAGGCAGAGAUUGUGAAAGAGGAGAAUAAGCUAUUACUAGAUGAAGAACUAAAGGACAGGGUCAGUCAGAUCAACCAGACCAGUGAGGCUGUGAAAACUGGAGAGAAGAAACCAUUACUAGACAAGGCAGGAUCCACUGAUACAGAUGUUAUUGUGAGUAAUAUCCCGUUCAAACUGAACAACCAGAAUCAGGUUUGGGGUCGGGAGUCCGGAAAGAAACAGAGGGAAAAAAAAGAGCAGAACACAGAAUCCAAACAGAACAUGAAUGUUACCUUGGAGACUGUUACCCAAGAUUCUGUCCAAACUGCUCCUCCAAAACCACCUCGGAGCAGCCUUAACUAUAAUUCACCGUACCCACAGACUCUGGAGACACAGCACAGCAGAGAGCAUCAUGGGAGAGGAACUGACCAAAGCAUGGCUGGUUAUGGCACAGAGAGAGAGGGAGCGGGAGAUGGACAGCUUAUGCCCCAGAAAGUCCUCAUCUUAGACACAGAGGAAGAGAGUGGAGGAAAGGAGGAGGGGACAAGAGAGGACGGAGAAGAUGUUGAGAAAGAGAAGGUAGGAGGAGAUGAUUCAGUGACAGAGGAGGGAGAGGGGCAAGAAGAUACAGAUAGGAGAGAUGAUGGAGGAGAAAGAAAUGGACAAGAGAGAGACUGA